AAGGGCGGGAGUCCGGAGUCCCUCUGGGCUGUAGUUCUCCACCCUCCCCCGACAAAUCGGUGGGGUGAUCUCUCUCUCUCUCUCUCUCACACACACACGUUGAGUCAUAGAGUCUUUCUUUGUUACCAAAGAAAUAUCUCACUUGUUUUUUAUUACCGUUCUCCGUGCGUUACAACAACACAGCAACUGCUACUUUCCCUUUUCCUUCGCCCAGAAAUUCUUCUUCCUGAACAAGUAUCGUAGCGUCCCAGUCAAUGAAGAUGCCUACUUUCUCAGCCGAUAUUCGCGAAGAGAGGCCGAUCGAUGAUUGAAAACUGCGGAUCGUUUGUUCUGAUGGGUCGGAAAAAGAAGAACAAGCGGCUCUUGUUCAAAGAGUUGAGCCUGGGAGCCAUUCUUUCGCGACGCCCUCUUUCUAUUUAGUUUUAGUAGAAGAUUCUUGACUUGAUAAUUCAUUUCCGUUUAAGGAUCCGUGCUUGGUGCAUUCUGGAGUUAGCAUUGGCUACUUUUGUUUAAUCCAAUACAUCAUUGGAUUGCUUACAUUUUUAAUUCUAGGUGAUUUUAGCUAAUCGCAAUGGAGUUGUUAAGGAAGAAGAGGAAAGGAAGUGAAACCCAGAUUGAUUGUUCAGAUCUACAAGCGAUUUUACCAUCCAAUCGCAAAUCACCGUCUUCGUUGUCUGUCAUUGGCUCACAUUUAUCAUUGGAAGAAUGUUCAAGGAGGAAGAAGAAAUGCAAGGAACAGGUGUCUGCGGAAUCUGUCCAUUCAAGUAAAAGCAGACUCACUGGCGUUGUUACUGCUCCACCUUGUGGAAGCUCUUCCUCUGAUUUACCUGGAAGAGGUCUCAAGAGGAAGAUUGGUUGCAUUGAGGCUGCUACUCAGAUGGGAAGGAAGAAGAAGAUUGAGCAGGAGUAUGUUUUGGGUGCUGCGAUUGGACAAGGUAAAUUUGGGUCAGUUCGGCUGUGCCGGAGCAAGGUCAGUGGAGCGGAAUUUGCAUGCAAAACCUUGCCCAAAGGAGAAGAAACCGUACACCGAGAGGUGGAGAUAAUGCAACACCUUUCAGGCCACCCUGGUGUUGUGACCUUGAAGGCUGUUUACGAGGAUCCCGACUCUUUCCAUCUUGUGAUGGAGUUGUGCCCUGGGGGACGUUUACUUGACCAGAUGUUUAAGGAGGGGCGAUGUUCUGAGCAGCGAGCCGCUAACAUACUCAAGGAACUAGUUUUGGUCAUCAAGUAUUGCCAUGAUAUGGGUGUCGUUCACAGGGAUAUAAAGCCCGAGAACAUCCUUCUUACAACCUCAGGAGAGAUGAAGCUUGCAGACUUUGGCUUAGCUGUGAGGGUUUCAAAUGGUCAGAAACUAUCUGGUGUAGUGGGUAGUCCAGCCUAUGUUGCUCCAGAAGUUCUGCUGGGAGACUAUUCUGAGAAAGUUGAUAUCUGGGGUGCUGGUGUACUACUACAUGCGCUCUUGAUUGGUGCCCUUCCAUUUCAUGGAGAUUCAUUGGAAGCAGUUUUUGAGGCAAUCAAGAAGGUAAAGCUUGACUUCCAUAGUGGGAUAUGGGAGUCGGUAUCCCGACCUGCCCAGGAUUUAAUUAGCCGAAUGCUAACAAGAGAUGUUUCGGCAAGGCUAACUGCGGAGGAAGUACUAAGACACCCAUGGGUUUUGUUCUACACGGAACGCACGUUGAGGACACUACAGAUGAAAUCAAAAGUGAGAAACCAUAUAGGAUCUUGCCGCCAACUCACUAACGUGGCUAGGGUGGAGCCGGAGAGAAAAAGGAUGGCCAGUGUUCUUGUCAGUGAUGGCCUGAGUCCGGUUUCAUCAUUUGAUAGUUUUGGUCGGAAGUCGGAUGAACAGGACGACUGUGGUUUGGUUGAUGUGCUUGCAGUAGCAAUUUCACGUGUAAGAAUAUCCGAACCAAAACGGAGCAGGCUGUGUGGCCCAGCAAUUCCCAUCCAACAGGAAUGUUCCUCAAAGAUGAAGGCUAACAAUCUCUGUACAGCGUUUUGAUUCUGCUGCAUAACAGCUGACACCAACAUUAUUUUCGCUAGAACUGGAGGAUGACUUACCGUGACGCAGCAGCAGCUUAUACAGCAAAACAACUACGACGAGUUGACUCUUUUUAAGUCUUAACCAGAAACAAGACAACUGGUGGUUCGCCUUUUCCACCCAAAAAUUAGUCUGUGUAUGUUUACCUUGUCUACGCCUAAUCUGUCUAAAGUGGGCAAACUGAUUAUGUACAGAGAUCUUGGUGUAAAUAGGAUGGAUGAUAAGAGGAUCCGUGCGUCUGAUAUUUCUUUAA